GGGAAGUUGGCGCAUGCGCUUAAUGCUGACGGGUUUGAAAUGGCUUCGGUGUUAGCUGUGACCCGAUUCAGGUGAAGAUCUGGUCUUCGCAGUUGCGGCGGCGGCGGCCGCGGAGUCGGAGUUCUUAACGUUCUAUCGGAUCCGCAGAAGGGCCAGGAGUGGCCGUUUUGGUAGCACGGCGUCCGCAGGCUGGCGACGAUCGCUGCUGUAGAAGACAGACAAACGAAGGUUUUUUUCCCCUUUUCAUCAUGGCUCAGUUUGGAGGACAGAAGAAUCCGCCAUGGGCUACUCAGUUUACAGCCACUGCGGUAUCUCAGCCAGCUGCAUUGGGUGUUCAGCAGCCAUCACUCCUUGGAGCAUCUCCUACCAUUUAUACACAGCAAACUGCAUUGGCAGCAGCAGGCCUUACCACACAAACCCCAACAAACUAUCAGUUAACUCAAACUGCAGCACUGCAGCAACAAGCUGCAGCUGCAGCAGCUGCAUUGCAACAGCAAUAUUCACAACCUCAGCAGGCCUUGUAUAGUGUGCAGCAACAGUUACAGCAACCUCAGCAGACCCUUUUAACACAGCCAGCUGUUGCACUGCCUACAAGCCUUAGUCUGUCUACUCCUCAGCCUGCAGCACAGAUAACUGUAUCAUAUCCAACACCAAGGUCCAGUCAGCAACAAACCCAACCUCAGAAACAGCGUGUUUUUACAGGCGUGGUUACAAAACUACACGAUACAUUUGGAUUCGUGGAUGAAGAUGUAUUCUUUCAACUUAGUGCCGUCAAAGGGAAAACCCCCCAAGUGGGUGACAGGGUAUUAGUUGAAGCUACGUAUAAUCCUAAUAUGCCUUUUAAGUGGAAUGCACAAAGAAUUCAAACACUACCAAAUCAGAAUCAGUCCCAAACCCAACCUUUACUGAAGACUCCUCCUGCUGUACUUCAGCCAAUUGCACCACAGACAACAUUUGGUGUUCAGGCUCAGCCUCAGCCCCAGUCACUGCUACAGGCACAGAUUUCAGCAGCUUCUAUUACACCACUGUUGCAGACUCAGCCGCAGCCUUUAUUACAGCAGCCACAGCAGAAAGCUGGUUUAUUGCAGCCUCCUGUCCGUAUAGUUUCACAGCCACAACCGGCACGCCGGUUAGAUCCACCAUCCAGAUUUUCAGGAAGGAAUGACAGAGGAGAUCAAGUGCCUAACAGAAAAGAUGACCGAAGUCGUGAAAGGGAGAGAGAAAGACGUAGAUCCAGAGAAAGAUCUCCUCAGAGAAAACGUUCCCGGGAGAGAUCUCCUCGAAGAGAGAGAGAACGAUCACCUCGGAGAGUUCGCCGUGUUGUUCCACGUUACACAGUUCAGUUUUCAAAGUUUUCUUUAGAUUGUCCUAGUUGUGACAUGAUGGAACUAAGGCGCCGUUAUCAGAAUUUAUAUAUACCUAGUGACUUUUUUGAUGCUCAGUUUACAUGGGUGGAUGCUUUCCCUUUGUCAAGACCAUUUCAGCUGGGAAAUUACUGCAAUUUCUAUGUAAUGCACAGAGAAGUAGAGUCCUUAGAAAAAAACAUGGCCAUUCUUGAUCCACCAGAUGCUGACCACUUAUACAGCGCAAAGGUAAUGCUGAUGGCUAGCCCUAGUAUGGAAGAUUUGUAUCAUAAGUCAUGUGCUCUUGCUGAAGACCCACAAGAACUUCGAGAUGGAUUUCAACAUCCUGCUAGACUUGUUAAGUUUUUAGUGGGCAUGAAAGGCAAGGAUGAAGCCAUGGCCAUUGGAGGCCACUGGUCUCCUUCGUUGGAUGGACCAGACCCAGAAAAAGACCCCUCUGUGUUGAUUAAGACUGCUAUUCGUUGUUGUAAGGCUCUGACAGGCAUUGAUCUAAGUGUAUGCACACAAUGGUACCGUUUUGCAGAGAUUCGCUACCAUCGCCCUGAGGAGACCCACAAGGGGCGUACAGUUCCAGCUCAUGUGGAGACAGUGGUUUUAUUUUUCCCGGAUGUUUGGCAUUGCCUUCCCACCCGCUCAGAGUGGGAAACCCUCUCCCGAGGAUACAAGCAGCAGCUGGUCGAGAAGCUUCAGGGUGAACGCAAGGAGGCUGAUGGAGAACAGGAUGAAGAAGAGAAGGAUGAUGGUGAAGCUAAAGAAAUUUCCACUCCUACCCAUUGGUCUAAACUUGAUCCAAAGACAAUGAAGGUAAAUGAUCUCCGAAAGGAAUUAGAAAGUCGAGCCCUUAGUUCCAAAGGGUUAAAAUCCCAGUUAAUAGCCCGCCUGACAAAACAACUUAAAGUAGAAGAGCAAAAAGAAGAACAAAAGGAAUUAGAGAAAUCUGAAAAAGAAGAUGAAGAGGAGGAUGAUAGGAAAUCUGAAGAUGAUAAAGAGAUCCAUCAGACCACCACCCCAUUGCCUCUUUCUACUUUCUCCCCAACACAGACACCAGAAGAAGAAAGAAAACGUCAAGAAGAAAUGGAACGCCAGCGUCGAGAAAGAAGAUAUAUUUUGCCUGACGAACCAGCCAUUAUUGUACAUCCAAAUUGGGCUGCAAAAAGUGGCAAGUUUGAUUGUAGCAUCAUGUCUUUGAGUGUACUUUUGGACUACAGAUUAGAGGAUAAUAAAGAACAUUCAUUUGAGGUGUCAUUGUUUGCAGAACUUUUCAAUGAAAUGCUUCAAAGAGAUUUUGGUGUCAGAAUAUACAAAUCAUUAUUAUCUCUUCCUGAGAAAGAGGACAAAAAGGAAAAGGAAAAGAAAAGUAAAAAAGAUGAGAGAAAAGAUAAAAAAGAAGAAAGAGAUGAUGAAACUGAUGAGCCAAAACCCAAACGGAGAAAAUCAGGCGAUGAUAAAGAUAAAAAAGAAGAUAGAGAUGAAAGGAAGAAAGAUGAUAAAAGAAAAGAUGAUUCUAAAGAUGAUGAUGAAACUGAAGAAGAUAAUAAUCAGGAUGAGUAUGAUCCAAUGGAAGCUGAAGAAGCUGAGGAUGAAGAAGAUGAUCGAGAUGAGGAAGAAAUAAACAAACGAGAUGACAAAAGAGACAUCAACAGGUACUGCAAGGAGAGGCCCUCUAAAGAUAAGGAAAAAGAAAAGACUCAGAUGAUCACAAUUAACAGAGAUCUGUUAAUGGCAUUUGUUUAUUUUGAUCAAAGCCAUUGUGGUUACCUUCUUGAAAAGGAUUUGGAAGAAAUACUUUAUACUCUUGGACUACAUCUUUCUCGGGCUCAGGUAAAGAAGCUUCUUAAUAAAGUAGUACUUCGUGAAUCUUGCUUUUACCGUAAACUAACAGACACCUCAAAAGAUGAAGAAAACCAUGAAGAGUCUGAAGCAUUACAUGAAGAUAUGCUAGGAAACAGGUUAUUACUUCCAACACCAACAGUGAAACAGGAAUCCAAGGAUGUGGAAGAAAAUGUUGGCCUGAUUGUGUAUAAUGGUGCAAUGGUAGAUGUAGGAAGCCUCUUGCAAAAAUUGGAAAAGAGUGAAAAAGUAAGAGCUGAAGUAGAACAGAAGCUACAGUUACUAGAAGAAAAAACAGAUGAAGAUGAAAAGACCAUAUUAAAUUUGGAAAAUUCCAACAAAAGCCUCUCUGGUGAACUCAGAGAAGUUAAAAAGGACCUUAGUCAGUUACAAGACAACUUAAAGAUUUCAGAAAACAUGAAUUUGCAAUUUGAAAACCAACUGAAUAAGACAAUCAGAAACUUAUCCACAGUAAUGGAUGAAAUCCACACUGUUCUCAAGAAGGAUAAUGUGAAGAGUGACAAUAAAGAUCAGAAAUCCAAGGAGAAUGGCGCAAGUGUAUAAUACACGUAGUGAUGAGGAAUGGUGUUAAAUAAUGUAAUAUAAAAAAAUCAUGAUACAAGAAUGUUUGAAAGUGAUGCAUGUUUGAUUUUAGUAGUAUAAAUAUCUGUUAGUUCAAAUGAUGUAUAAAGUUUUAUGAAUGUGAGAGUCUCUGCUUUUGAAAAUUGCUUGUAAUUCCUGGCAUUGAAAUUAUAAAACACUCCUUGAGUGAAAUAAUUUUGCAUUGCAAAAUGUUUUAGGAUGAACUUUGUUAUAGUUUUAACCCCAAUAAAGUUCAUCAGUUUAAUUGACAAUAGUAUUUAAUUACCAAAUGUCUUUUAUUAAAAUACCUAGAAAAUUGUA